AUGGCUUCAUCCGUUCCGAGCGAGGGAAGUGCGGACGAUUUUCCAGGGCUUCUACUCUCCCUGCUACGCAAUCCCUCCACCACCCCGGCGUCGAGUCCCACGCAUAUCGAUAUCAAGGUGACCCAGCUCCCGCGCCAGUCGACCCAACCGCCGGAGAUCACGGUGGGAUUCAAAGGAGGCAAGGAACUUAAGAUCGAAGUGGGGAAGCGGCAGAUGAAGAUUGGAGAUGUAGUUGAGGAGAUCGCGCGAGUGGGCCGGGUGAUUGAGAGAGAGGAGAGUUUGAAAGGUUAG